UCACAAGAUUAAUCCGUCGGUUAUCUCCUGCCGCGUAUAGUCGCCUGGUUCACCCGGUUCUCUUUAUCCCGAAUUUUUAUCCCGAUAUCCGGGUUUAAUCCAAAUGGAGAAGUUCAUACUGAUUCUAUUAAGCUUAGCUUACACCCAGUGCUACGGUCAGAAUAGUUAUUACUUCGAGAAUCAUAAAUACUGUGACGAUUUAUCGCCGUACUUCGGUGACAUUGAUUUGGAUCAAAUAUCCGGAGUUUGGUACGGAGUUGAGAAGAUUCCACAUUCGAAAGGAGAGUAUAAAAUUGAACAUACCAAGGAAUGUUUUCAUAUUGACAUAAGGGAAGUUCAUAUACAGCCAACGCCCCCUACGUCUUACCUCCCGUUGACAAAUUCUCCGUACGUGAGCCGCACGUAUGGCAUGCCUGAGCAGUACCGUAUCCGACACUUCGUGCUGGAAUGGAACGAAGGUCUCUGGAGAGAUGAGUACCACAUCAAAGUGAACACGUCGCAUAAAGGUUUCUGGCCCACGGACGUGCCUAAUAGAUCGGUUGAGAAAAUGUACCGUUUCUUCGGUGGAGUCAUACAAGUAUUGAAAGUUGCGAAGACUCACUUGGUAUUGAACUUCUGUAUGCGUCUACCCCACUCGCAGCUGUACAGCGUCGUGUUAUCCAGGAACGAGAAUCAGUUGACACCAGAGGACCUCGCCAGCAUUCACAAUAUCUUCACGCUCAAACAUCUAUCCACGUCAGCUUUGAAACGCGUUUGUGAAAAUUCUGCGACAAAUAUUCAAUUAACUGGGACUUUGUUUGUCAUUAUGGCAUUUCUAUUGGCAAGAUCUUGAUGAUCGUAGUAUUAUUGUGUAGUUUUUUAAUGUUCCAUUGAUGUAAUCUGAGAGUAAAUGACUUAUAUACAG